UCUUCCAAGUCAGUGCUGCACUAUUUAUUUUCAUGGAGAUUGUCUGGAUAACUCCACUGAAGAUGGCUGCAUGAGAAGCAGAUGGAUGCUGAAGGAGAUUCCCCAAAAGACAAGAGAAGAAUGAGGAAUGGGGAGACAUCACAUCCCUGGCCAAGGAAAACCAGGCCAGAAGUUAAUCAGGGCCUAUGCCAAUAUUGCCACUUCAGUAACCCUGCCUCAUGUCAGACGUAGGCCUCUCUGUUCCAGGCAACCAGAUUUCUGCAAACUGAUUAAACUUUGUUUUAAAGCCAAUUGUGAUUUUUGACCUGCUGUAAUUAUUGCCCUGCUACCUUCUCUUUAUUUAUUUUAUUUUUUUUUACUAUGGCUAGUGAAGAUCAUUUGAUUUUUGAGAGAGAUCAGUAGAAAGCUUAAGGCAGGAAGCAAUUCCAUGCCACUUAUCAAAAUGAUGCAGAUCAGAUUAUUUCCAGCUUUUACUUCAUCUGAGCUUUGGUUCCCUAUGCACUUUCAGUGAAGGAAGUGUCAGUUAUGUCAAGGAGAUAGAUGAAAGGAAAAAACCCCAACAACCACAAAAAGCAACCCAAAACCACAAAAAAAAAAUAGUCUGAACAGCAGUCUUGGUUUUAUGUAACAUGACCUCCCAAAUAAAUUUUAAUAAACAAGUUUGCCCUUCCAAGUGCACACAUGCCCCCUCACCUCCUCCACUUUCCUGCCAUAUAGCUCAAAACUAAACCCAGUGUUCUCACCUGAAGUUGGUCUCUGCUUUUUCCUUUUCUCCUUCCUGAUCCUGGUGCAAACUCCUGCUCCCAUUGGGUAUUUCUUAUCCUUCAGCACCCAAAGAAAAUUUAAAAAAAAAAAAAAAUUUAAGACAAGCAGCCAUGGCACACUCAUCAGGACGUGCUGUGAGGUUGCUGUCCACAAAAUUCAGAUUCACCCAUGUGGUGUGCAACAGGCCAAUAAUUACACACUUGAGAGAGAGAUUGAUUAUUUAUUUAAUUUGGAGUUGCACAAGCCUGGGUGCUUGGUGGUAUUUCACAAAUCAAGCACAGCUACUGGGCUUUCCAUGCCAUUACUUACACACAAAAACAUUGUGUUAGCAACCUCCUAAGUAUGAUCAGUAAUAACUACCAUAUAUUUACAUAACACCUCCUGACUCUUAUGCAUGCUCAGGGGAAGAAUCUCCACCUAGGCAGGGAUCUUUCUGACCUGGAGGUGUGAUUUUUAACAUUACAGUGAAGGUGGUUCACCUAUAUCCAGGUAUGUUCCUGAGGCAUCUGGAUCUGACACUGGAUGAUGUGGGUUUGUGGUUUAGGGGUUACAGCGAUAGUGCUGGGCUGAUGGUUCAGCUGGAUCAUCUUAAAGGUCUCUUCCAAGCCUGAUGAAUUCAGGAUUCUACAGGAUGCAUGGGCCUUAAGCCUUUUGCCUUGUUGGCAAUAUAUAUAUCAACACCUUGAUUUACUUCAUCCACAGAGCUCAUUUGCUACAGGAUGUACUUGACUAAGGGGUGCUAAUCACUUAUCUAGUUCUACUGGCAUACAAUAUCUUUUAUUUUAUUAAAACCAGGAAACUUAGGUUGGAUAUUAGAAAGAAAUUCCCUGCAGUGAGGACGGUGAGGCAGAGGAACAGGUUGCCCAAGGAACUGCCCCUGCCUGGAAAGCGCUCAAGGCCAGGCUGGAGCUCUGAGCAACCUGCUCCGGUGCAAGGUGUCCCUGGAACUACAUCAUCUUGGAGGUCUAUUCCAACCCCAUAACGUUCUAUGGUUCUCUGAUCGCUGUCGGUCCCACCGACGAGCCUCCUUUACCUCGGCAAACACAAAACACGGCAGCGCAGCCGCAGCGGGGGCGUGAGGGCGGUGUCACGGCCGCCCCGCCCUCAGCACCGCCCCGGCCGCCCCUCAUGAGGGGCCGCGCCGCCGCCGCGUGUGGGCAGCGCCCUUGGCGAGGCCAUGGCUCGGCGCGGCCGCUCCCGCAGCGCCUUCGCGUGUUUCGUGCACGAGCAGCUGCCCGCGGCCCGUUUGGCGGACGCCGUCCCCUUCUGCUCCCAGGCAUGGGAGUCCCUGACAGAGGAAGAGAAGAAAGUGUAUGCAGAGAAGGCUCAUAAAUGGAAUAGCAAGAAAUGCCCUCAGAAGACAGUAAAGAAGACUUGUACUCUGCCUAAUCCAGUUGCUGCUCCUGUGACCACGAAGAUGCCCAGUGCUGCUCCUUUGCCAGAUGCCUGUGCUGUGUCUUGGAGGAGUGAGAAGGAUACAGUUGCAGACAUCUUCUACUUCCUGGACAUUUACAGCUAUGGGAAGCUGCCACCCCAGUGCGAGCAGCGCUUCCUUCCCUGUGAGAUUGGCUGUGUCAGGUACUCCCUGCAGGAUGGCAUCGUGGCUGAUUUCCACCACUUCAUAGACCCAGAAGUACCACCACGUGGCUUUCGGUACCACUGCCAGGCUGCUGGUGAUGAAACCCACAAGAUCCCCAUCUCUGGCUUUCACCUUCCUCGUUCUUGUUACGCCGUUGUCCUGCGGGAGCUGCUGCAGUUUGCCCAGCCAGCCAGGGGUGCUCAGCCUCGCUUCUUCUGCAGGUCUAAUGACAGAUUCCGAAUUAACUGGUGCCUUGGUCGAAUGGCCAGCAUAACAGGCAUGGAGAGCCACUGGGAGCUUUUUGCUGUGGAAGACCUGAUCAUGAACCUGUACCAGCAGAAAUACCAGAAGGAGCCGUCCAUAGUCUGGAUGUAUAGGAAACUGAAUGUGUGCCUGUGGGAUUUCUCCAGUAACACCAGGUGCAAGUGGCAUGAGGAGAAUGAUAUCAUCUGCUGUGCUCUGGCAUCCUGUAAGAAAAUGGGUUACUGCAUCAGUAAAUCCUUUGCUGGUAUGUAUGGAGUGUCACUAACAGCAGCUCAUCUCCCCCUGCAAUACUCUGAUUGUGAUCCAAGCACAAACACCAGGAUGGAGAAACUGGAUGCUGGACAUACCCAGAAAAUGAAAACUGAGAGUUCUGGAUGUGACAAACCUUUGGGUUCUCCAAGACAGGAUCAAGAGUUUGUGCCUUCUAAUUGUGAUUCUCCAUGUGGUGUGAAGACCUCCCCGUGUGAAACAAGCGUUGUACAAGGAAGAGGAGUGAUACGAUUGCUGAGAAGUGCAUCUGAUCUAGCCACGUCCUUCAGUAAUUGAAAAUCUCUCUCACAUCCAGGACAGCUGUAAAUUCUGAUUUUAUUUCCCUAAGAUAACUGUAGUUUCUCCAGACUGUGGUUUUGCAUCUUUUGUGCAAAGCUUGACAGUUGAAGUUUUUGUUAGAAUGAUAAAACUAUUGAUUUAAAGAAGAUAGAAAAUCUUGUUCAUUAUGUACAGGAAGACUUACUUUGAAGGGACCUGACAGUUAAAACUGCAUGCUGUGCUAGUUGUAUUUCUUGAUGAAUGGAGUGCAAAUUCAUGAUUGAUUAAUCAAUAUAAUUGAAUUAGAAGAACUCUUUAGUGACCAGUGUGACUUAAAACAACUUGAACUUUUUGGUUUAUUUCUUUUUUAGUAGCCUUCCCAUCCCCUGCGUGUGGAAGGUAGAAUUUCAACAGUCUUGCUUCAAAAACUGAUGCAGGGGGGAAAGCACUGAAGGUGCAAAGGGCUGCCCUAGGAGAGUGAAUUAAAAGUCAGUAAUCCCAAAAGUUUGCUGUAAUAUCAGUUCUAGCCAUGAAAAAUUGGAGUGGUCCUUCAAGGCAAAAAACCCACAAAUGUUAUAUAAAAUGUCUUGAAAGAAAUACUCGGGUAAAUUCAUCUGCCUGAAAAUCUUCUUAGAAGCACGGGCUUAUUAUCUACAUCACAAACAGGUACAGCAUAGAUUUUGGGAUUUUUUAUUUGCAUCAGUUUUCUGUUUAAGAAAUGCAUGUCUCCCAAACUUAGAGACUGAAGAGAAGAGGUAGAUGUUAUGGGGUUAGUUUAUUUUUGGUUUGGGGUUUUUUUUUUGUUUUGUUUUGUUGUU